AUGAGACAGAGACGCUUGAUGGAGCUUUUAAAGGACUAUGAUUUUGACCUCCAGUACCAUCCAGACAAGGCAAAUAUAGUGGCGGAUGCCCUCAACCGCCAGCUCCCAACUUCAACCGGGAAUCUCUCUGCCCAUCUCCAAGAUUUUAGUGUGGAUAACAAUCUCUUUUCAGGUUCCUUCCCACAUGGCGUCCACAACUACCGCAACCUAACAAUCCUAGAUCUGCAACAAAACUCCUUCACGGGAAGCAUCCCCAACUCCAUUGGCCUACUCCGCAAACUGCAGAAAUUCUCCCUCCAAGAAAACAGCUUUGCCGGAGAAAUACCAGACAUUUUCAGCAAUCUUACACAGUUGUAUCGGCUCAAUUUAAGUGAUAACCAGUUCUAUGGCAGGAUUCCGCAGAGCAUAGGUGACUGUCAGCAUCUGGGACUGUUGGAUAUCUCUGGCAACAAGCUCACAGGAUACAUACCCAAAGAGUUCUUCAAUCUCCCAGAUUUAACCUUCAACUUGAGCUUAGCUAGGAACUUUCUUAAUGGUCCCCUGCCAAUGGAAGUGGGUCAGCUGAACAUGCUCGGUUUCAUGGACAUCUCUGAGAAUGAGCUAUCAGGGACUAUUCCUGUCUCCAUUGGUGACUGUUCCAGCUUACGAGGUCUGAAUAUAGCCAGGAAUCGAUUCGAAGGCCUGAUCCCAGAAUCAUUUGGCCGAUUAGGAAGCCUGGAGAGCUUGGACCUUUCAUUUAAAAAUCUAUCUGGACAGAUCCCAAUUGGCUUAGAGAAGCUCGGGUUUCUGCAGAACCUGAAUUUGUCCUUCAACAAUCUCCAAGCAAAGGUGCCAGUUGAAGGGGUUUUCCGAAUCAUCGGCUGGGAAUCAUUGCAAGGAAAUAAGGAGCUCUGUGGUGACAUAAAGGAUACACAGAAGAAGUUGAGGCUGCCUGCAUGCAGCAAGAAUGGGUCUUCUUCUCUUAAGCUCAAAAUUGCUGUUCCAAUUGCUAGCUCUGUGGCACUUUUAUGUGUUCUCUUCUGUUUAAUAUCUAUAGCGAAUUCAAGGAAACGGAAAAGCAAUAUUGAAAGAAGUUCCUGGCAUGCUUCCUUCAAAGGUCGACGUAGGAAGAUACCAUACCAAGAUAUUUUAUCUGCAACAAACAAUUUCGACUCGAGGAAUUUGAUAGGUGAGGGAGGCUUCAGCUCGGUUUAUAAAGGAAUUAUUGGUGGUGAAUAUGAAAUAACCACCACCGUUGCCAUUAAGGUGUUUGACCUGAAAAAAAAGCAAAGCUUCUAA